AUUAACUGUUCAAAUAAUGAUAUCAUGGAUAUCGAUUAGAAUAGAUAAAACUCUUAUCUGCGUCCUGAUGCGUUCACAUGUAUUUCAAAGGAAGUUAAUCUAGUUGGUCGGUUGUAUCUUUUAGGCAGGAGUUUAACAGAAUAAGUAAUAAAAAUGGAUGUGCAAAAAAAUCUAAAUUGGUUUCUAUUAAGAAAAAUGAUUAUAGAUGUAAUUGUAUUAUGUGUUGUUGGCAUCCCGAUAUUCCUUUUCUACUUUAUUGGAUCGGCAAAUGAACGAGGUUUCUUCUGCGAUGAUGAAUCUCUGAAGUACAGCUUCAAGAAUUCUACUAUCACGAGUGGUGUGCUGUACGGCGUCGGAUAUAGUCUACCAAUAUUUAUAAUGUGUUUGACGGAAUGGAUCCGCCUACGCGACUACAAGGGCGGAGAACGACGUGUCAUUUUCGGCCUGGAGAUUCCCGCGUGGGUCUGGGAGUCAUACCGAUGUGUCGGAGUGUUCCUCUUCGGCUGCGCCUGUCAGCAGCUCACCACGGAUAUCGCCAAGUAUACCGUUGGUAGACUACGGCCCCACUUCUUUGAAGUAUGCAACCCGACAAUAGACUGUUCUCUGCCAGAAAACCAAAAUCGAUAUAUCGAGACCUUCACGUGCUUGGGAACAAAUAAAAAGUUUCUUAAGGAGAUGAGGCUCUCUUUUCCCAGUGGACACUCUUCCUUCUCAGUUUUCGCAAUGGUAUUUUUGGCGCUUUACCUACAAGCGCGCUUUACAUGGAAAGGAUCUAAACUCCUACGACACAUCAUGCAGCUCAUAGUCAUUAUGAUGGCCUGGUACACCUGUCUCUCACGAGUCUCCGAUAAUAAACAUCACUGGGGUGACGUUCUUGGAGGUUUUCUCAUUGGAUUCUUUUACGCAAUCACCAUAUUUGCAUACCUAUACAAGCCACUGAGCCUAGGCACCCGCUACUCGUCGCUAAUGGAGUCACAACCACUGACGCGGCCUAUACAAUAGUCAGGCUUACAAAUACAAGAAAUAUAUAACUGCAAAAAACACCCUGCAAAAUAUUCUAAAGCAUAUAGUAUACAACAAACAGGAAGCGUGGUGCAAAACGUUUUGAUCACUCAAAUUUAAAAAUGGCAUUCUCACUGCAGAAGUUUAAUAUUUACACCAGGUUUGAAAACAUUAGGACCUGAAUUAGGCAGAAAUCUGACAUUCAUCACAUGAAAAAUUACAUUAUUGGCGCUGGAACUUUAAACGAAAUCACAUCAGUUACUUUUUAGUAAGCCUCUAAAAUGAAGUGAUCCUAAAAUUGAGUUCUGGUUAUCCAUGAACAAUGGAUCGUUACGAAAAUAUCACAAGAAAACUGCAUGUCUUAGAUCCAAAAACGAUCUCAGCUCUACUUUAGAAUAACAAAAAUAUUAAUAAAACAGUCGUAAGAAGGCCAUUUCACGGCAUUGAAUGCAGUUUUCCUAAUAUUAUAUAUUUAAGUGUAUAAGCUUUCGAGUACAAUUGUAUUACGUUACCUCAUACAAUAAGUAUUAAUUUGUUAAAUACGAUUUUCAUCAUAUUGCACCGUCUUGGGCAGUCAUCUCUUUUCAUCAUACCAUCAACACAAUAUGGCAGAAAGAGACAGAGAAGGUGCAAUUGAUUGAUUUAGUGAAUAAGUUCAAAUAUAAUUAAAACAAAAUUAAAUAAGAA